UAAUUUAUUGUUGAUCUGAUAUGUCAAUGCAUCCAAACCUAACAAAUUGAAAAAAUUGUUCAUCAAAUGUGAAAGCAAAAAAAUAAUAUUAUUUAAUUUGACUUGUUCCUCCUUUUGAUCACCACCAUAUAUAAUAAAUCCACAUUUUUUCCAUGCACGUAAUAAUAAAUACAACCUCGUAAUUAAAAGCCAAUUUAAACAUCAUCAUAAGUACUCAAUCAAAACUUUGUCCUAAAAUUAUCAGCCAACAAUUAAUAUAUAUUAUGAUGCAACGAUUAUGUGGUUUGAGUUCUGCCAAAAGAGGUAAGAGAAGAAGGAUGAAGAUUCCGGUGGGGAUAAUAGACAACGCUGACGCGUCGCACGAAGGGAUUAAAUCUGUCGACGCGAAUAAUCGUUGCGAAUUUUCGAUCACUUCCGAUCUUUGUAUCUGCAUAGUCACUUGGAACAUGAACGGACAGGUAGGAUAUGAAGAUAUAAGAAAGCUAGUUGGAAACGAGAGAAAGUACGAUCUGCUCGUAAUUGGGUUGCAAGAGGUGCCUCGUACAAACGUACUCGAAUUGCUCGAGAAUGCUUUAGCCGAAUCUCAUCUAUUCUUAGGAAAAGCAGUCAUGCAAUCUCUGCAAUUGUACAUGUUUGGAUCCAAGAAUUCAGAACUGCAUAUAAAAGAACUAAGAGUUGAUAAACAAGGAAUUGGAGGGUGUGGAGGGUUAAUUAGGAGAAAGAAAGGAGCUGUGGCAAUUAGAAUUACUUACAAGGGCAUAAAUAUGGUCUUCAUUUCAUGCCAUCUUUCUGCUCAUGCACGUAAUGUGGAGGAAAGAAAUUCGGAAUUUAGGCACAUAUCACAAUAUUUAUUUUCGAAAAAUUGGAACCCGUAUUCGAAGCAAGCACAAGUAACCGUUUGGCUAGGAGAUUUGAACUAUAGACUACAAGGAGUUAAUACAUUUCCUGCAAGAGAUCUCAUUCACAAUGACCUUCAUGGACUGUUGACCGACAAAGACCAACUUCUGCAAGAAGCUGAGAGAGGACAAGUUUUCAAUGGGUACUAUGAGGGGACCUUACAUUUCAAGCCAACUUACAAAUACAACAUUGGCACUAAUGUUUAUGACACAAGUCACAAGGUAAGAGUGCCAGCGUGGACAGAUAGAAUACUGUACAAAGUAGAAGGUAAAGAGAUUGAAGCAACUUUGCAUUUGUAUGAACCCAUUGAGGGUGUUUUUGGCUCUGAUCAUAAACCUGUCAAAGCUCAUCUUUGCUUGAAAAUUAUUAAAUAAAUUAUCAAAGUAAUUCUAAAUCUUUUUUUUUUAAUUACUUUUAA